AUGUACAGCCCUUACCACAGGCGUCCUCUGCCUGAUUACUUCCUCUCAUCGCCCCUGGUUGCGCUUCUCUAUCCUUUCCACCAGCUGCUUCUCCGUCUUCGAGGCGCUCCCCGUCUCCCUCCUCCGGGUGUCCAGCCUAUCCGGGUUGUUUGCAUCUCCGACACCCACACGCUCGAAUGGCCCGAUGUACCGGACGGCGACCUGCUAAUUCAUGCCGGAGACCUUGCCAACGAUGGCUCCGUGCGCGAAAUCCAAGCCGCGGUCGACUGGUUGCGCUCUCUACCUCACCGGCACAAGGUCGUGAUCUGCGGAAACCACGAUAGCUACUUUGAUGCGCGAUCGCGUUGCGAUGAGGACCGUGAGGAGAAUGGCUCCUUUGCGGACGUGUCCUCCUCAACGGCUUCAAUCCGGUCGCUGGACGAUUUGAAUGCUGCAUCGCGCAUCGAUUGGGGCGACAUCCACUACCUCCAACACUCCUCCGUGGAGCUCUCCUUCCCUUCGACCUCCCCGAUAUCCUCCACAACUCCCCUCACGAGCUCUAACUCCCGGUCGAUCACUGUCUACGGUGCCCCUCAGAUCCCAGCGCUCGUCUCAUUCGGCCCCGAACAUGCCUUCACCUACCCACCGUAUCACGAUGCCUGGUCGCGCACCGUACCCCCCGAAACAGACAUCCUCGUCACCCAUACACCCCCACAAGCCCACCUCGACAUGUCCCCAGUCUACUCAACCGGCUGUCCGAACCUACUUGCCGAAGCAUGGCGCGUGCGCCCAGCUCUCCACGUAUUCGGACACAUCCACGAGUCCGCUGGUUGCGAACCCGUCUUCUGGGACAAUGCCCAGCUCGCCUGGGAGCGACUCUGCGCAUCGCGCCGCCCCCGCGCCCGGUAUAGUCGCUUCAUGGCACUGGCUGGACUCUGGCGUGAUCUAUUCGAUCCAUCGGGAUGGGUGGAUGCAGCCAAGGUCCUGGUGUAUGGUGUUCUAGGGGUGAUCUGGGCGCAGGUCUGGGGCGGCGAGACCAGAGAUGGUGGCUGGAUGGUUAAUGCUGCAUGCAUGUACCGUGCCAGUGGAAAGCUCGGGAAUCCGCCCCGGGUUAUUAAUUUGUGA